AUGACUGUGGAUGAAUUCGACCCUCUGAUCACCAGUGUUGCGAGGCAGGCUUCAACUGGACAGGUCCUUCGGCUGCCGUGGCACACUCGGCCUGUUGCUUUGGGGUCAUUCUUCAACACGAAAACGGCAUCAUCAUCAAAAAUUGACCCGUUCUCGCGGGAUUCCGCCUUUGACACCGAGUCACUGCGCAGAUCAUACAUCAACUUUGAGCCAUUUGACGGCGAUGCGUCCUACAAAUCCAGUGAAUCCACAUCUUCAUCUACCUCCGCUGAUCAUCUUAGCGUUGGUGUUGGGGUUGGUAUAUCUUGUUUUGUUGUCUCUGCCAGUGUGUCUUGUCAGUAUGAUAGACAUGUGAUGGAAAACAAAGAUGCUUCAAAAACAUCAGUCAUGACAACUUACCGAGCUGGGUCCGUUACCUUCACACGGCCGCCAAAGCUAUCAGAAGGCGCCUUGCAAACUCUCAAGUACAAUGGCGGAUUGACCGCCUUCAAAGAACGUUGGGGAGACUACUAUGUCGCGGGUUACAGAAUUGGUGGCGAUGCUGGUGUCAUGAUGAGUCUUGGCUCCAGCAGCAGGACUGUGUCAGAAAGUGUCACAAUUUGUAUCAAAGUCGAGAUCUUGUUCUUUUCCUUUGAGGAUAGCUGGUCCAAAAGCUGGUCGUCGGCGGAAUCAGACCUGCGAGUCACCUUGUCUUGUUUCUCGACGGUCGAGCAAGCCAAGAUCCAAGAGCAGCGACAGAUGGGGGAUCCAAAGCUGUACAGUUUCAUUCAAGAAGCUCGGGGUAUACACAACCGAGCCCAAGGCUUGGUCGAUACUAUACAGCGGAAACUGGACCAUCUUGGUGUUUCGAAGGAUAAACAAGUCACUGCCGAGCAAUGUGUGGGACUAUGCCAGUCUGGUGUUGUGGUGGAAUUGUUAUUAUUUCCGGUUGAGAGUCUCAGGGAGUUGCAGUAUUGGAAAACUGACCAGAAUGUGAUUUGCAUGUAA